UUGGACGGGGCUCUAUUACAGCCUCUGGCAGGUGAAGCUGCAGCUCACACGGGGCCGCGAAGAGCCUCACAGCUUAUCUGCUUAUAAUUACACAAAGGUGACCUGCUUUAAGCGCAGAGGCUCGUCAGCAGCUCCAGAGCAGCAGCAGCAGCAGCAGCCGGAGAUCCACUCAGCUCCAUCCGCGUCCUGUGCGUCACACACGGCGUCACACAAGCUCCAGUGAAGCGUCCGCGGCAGUUUCAGCACCAGCGGGCGGCUGGAGCUCAGCGGAGCUGUCCACGCAUUCAGCACUUUUUCCUCCUUCUUCUUCUUCUUCUUCUUCUUCUGGAGGAGAAGCCAGAGCUCAGAGGUCUCCACACCUGGACAACCCUUGUUUCAGGAUGGCGUCAAAACACGUCGGCCUUUUUGUCCUUUCCCAGCUUUUACUUGUGACUGUGCUGAGCCAGGUUUCUGCUUUCCCCACACCUACAGCUUCAGCCCACGAUAAAACUGUGAACAUAAGAGAGUUGACAGAGGAAAAACCACUACAGGAGCAGAUUGCUGAGGCGGACAGCGUGAAGGCCGCAGUCCAGUCAGCUGAGAGCAGACGUCCCUCUGCGGCCAAGGACACAGAGUCGGAGCAGGAGCGCGAUGACUUGACUCUGCUCAAGUCGCUGGCCGAUGGCCAGAAGUCAAAAGACACAACUGUGGCACCGGCGGAGAAGGAGGAUCAAUACGUUCCUGAUGAAUCAGAUUCCACCAAGAGCCGACGUCUGGCUGAGGACUACGACUCCACCAAGAACGGAAUGGACAACGACAAGUACCAGGACGACCCGGAGAGCCUCCACCAGGUGGACGGGACUCCGCUGACAGCAGAGGACAUUGUGCAGAAAAUUGCAAACAAGAUCUACGAGGAGGACGACAGAGGCGUGUUUGACAGGAUUGUCUCCAAACUGCUCAAACUGGGCCUGAUCACAGACAGUCAGGCGGACACGCUGGAGUACCAGGUGGCCGAGGCUCUGCAGGAUCUCAUCACGAAAAACGCCAGGAAGAACGAGAUUGAGGACACGGAGAGCGACGGCCGAGAGACCAGGGGAGAGCAGGACGACCAGGAAUCAGACAUAAACUUGGACCAGUGGGAGGCGCCCAGCCGCCGUUACAACGAAGACGAGGGCGACAAUGAGGAUGAGGACGACGAGGAUGACGACGAGAGCGAGGAUGAGGUGGAAAGGGACGCAGAGGAAGACGGCGCCAACGCGCCCGACAACACCUGGGACAAAGAUACCAAAGAGGGCAACGAGGUCGGCGACGACGACGGCCUCCAGGACCUGCAGUACUUCCCCAACUUCUACCGACUCCUCAAGAGCCUCGACUCAGCUCAAGACGCUCAGGAGAGGGAGACGUUGAUCACCAUCAUGAAGACGCUGAUUGACUUUGUGAAGAUGAUGGUGAAGUACGGCACCAUCACGCCCGAGGAGGGCGUGUCCUAUCUGGAGAACCUGGAUGCCGUGAUCGCCAUGCAGACCAAGAACAAGCUGGGAACGUCUCUCGGGCCGGACUUCACCGGACUCAACAAGAAAAACCUGGACGAGGACGACAACACCAAGGCCGAGGCCGCCAAGAUGCAGAAGGAAUACGAGAACCUCAAAGACUCAACCAAAGAGGAGCAGCCUUCAUCUGAGACCAAUCAACCGGGCAAGUCAGAGGCGUAUCUGGAGGCCAUCAGGAAGAACAUCGAGUGGCUAAAGAAACACAACAAAGAAGAAGGCAAAGACGACUACGAUCUGUCCAAACUGAAGGACUUCAUGGACCAGCAGGUCGACUCCUACAUCGAGAAGGGCAUCAUCGCCAAGGACGAAGGCGACACCAUCAAGAGGAUCUACGGCAGCCUGUAACACUAUCACCCGUCCACCCUCCAGCCGACCUCUGGCCUAAAAACACUGGACACCGAGUCUGACACUGCAAUCUACGACUUAACACCCGACUAUUCACUUAUUUCCCAUAAUGAACAGUGUAUACUUCUUCAAGACUACUCAGAUAAUCCCAAUAUGUACCAAGAAACAAGGAUUUCAUAAUGCAUUAACAUCAAUAAAGGCAGAUUACCCCUUAUAUUCGUAAUAAGCAGUAGAAUAACGUUUUUACUGAGAGAAAUCAUUUACUUUAAACAUGAAUGUCCUGAUGCAGUAGGUUUUGUCAACUAUUUUGUCCCCAGAUGAUUUUUUUUUUUUAUUUGCGACAAAAGAAAACACAUUUAUCACACUGUACUCAUUAUGUGUAACCUGUCUUAGCCUAAUUCCUAUUAUUUUACUUUACCCGAGUCUAAGUGUAAGAUCUUAACGUGUUUCUUGCUUUUUACUUACCAAAAAUAUAUUCGUUGUGUAUCA